AUGACUGAAGUUGUAAAUAUUGACACCAGUCGCCUUCAUUCAGCACUUUUGUAUAAUGAAAAAGACAAAAGUAUUGCGCAAUGUGUAGUUAAUAUAAAUCCACAAGACCCCUCUGAAAUAAAUUCUGGUAUAUUUGCCCCAAAAGUAAAUGUUUUAAAAUCCGACAAAACAGACAAAAGUCAACAGGAAAACAAAGAACUGGCAGUUACUGAAAAAAGAGAAGCCAAGAACAGUUUUUGGGGCAAUGAAUUAGUAGCUGUAGAAAGUAUGGAGUCCAGCGAACUGUUUUUCUCAAAUUCUGAUACCAAGCCAAGUGACGUGACACCUGAUAGGUCAAAAAAGAAAAGUGGUCAGUCGUCACAACAAUUCCGCUCUUCAGUAAAGCUUGAUGAUUAUCCAGGCUAUCAGAUACCAAUAGUAGGGUAUGAGGUAAUGGAGGAGCGGGCUCGUUUCACGGUUUUUAGAAUAAACGUUGAAAAUCGAACAAAUGGAACAAAUUGGUUUGUAUUCAGAAGAUACACUGACUUUGCUCGUUUGAAUAAAGAACUCAAAACAUUAUUCCAGGAUCUUAGAUUGCAGCUUCCUUCCAAGAGAUGGUUUAGAGACAAUUUUGAUACUAGUUUCCUGGAAGCUCGUCUGUGUGGGUUACAGGCAUUUAUUGAUGAUGUUAUUUCUCAUCAGAGUCUCAUCAAAAGCAAACCUGUCCAAGAAUUUUUCUGUCUUGAUGACCCACCUGGUCCAGAUGAUAGUCUUGAAGAAAGCAGGGCAAUGUGUGAAAGUUUAGAAAGGACUGUCUACCUCUUAAGACAGAAACUGAAAGAAAAAGAUGUAGAAAUUGAUCUUUUAAAAGCAGAAGUGAAAAUGCUUCGUUCACACCAACAAAUUCUGCUGAAAUCACUUGAGUUAGAAUGUUCAAUAAUGACCAAGUCUGAUCAGUUAAGUCCACAAAGGCUUGGCCCAGUGACCUCUAGCCCAAAACAUUCUUCUCCUUGUGCCCUUUCUGUUGAUCAUGCCUCCAAUAUUCCUAUUGCUUCUGACCAUUUUCAUCGUCUACAUCAUCUCAACAUGACUCUAGUCAAAUUGUAUAAAAAAUAUCGUGAACAUCAACCUGAUGAAAGCCUAAUAAACAAUAAUCAGAGUGAUGUAUUAGCAGAAAUACUUCCAGUCCUCUCAAAUAGAAGAAAUACUUUGCCAAGGAGCUUAUUUCAACCAGUGUCUGCUUCAAAGUCUCUAUCUUUUGAAAAUAUUCCUGAAAGAUGUGGUGGUGAUGGAUGUACUGAUCCUGAAAUGAAACUAUCACCAUUAGGGGGCUAUGAAGAUCUGUCUAGAUUGUUUGAAGGAAAUAAGACAAGGAUUAAUAUGGCUUCUACAAAAUGUGAGGUUAAUAGUACUUUAGACAACUUUGAAACUCACUUUAUUGGAAAUAACAAAAUGACUUAGAUGAGCUACCAGUACAAACAUCAAACUAUAAUUAUUGCCAAAAAU